AUGGUGCAAGAUCAUUUCCAUUGGUCAAGCAAACCGACGGAUCGUUUGAACUUUCUGUCCCCUUUGACAAGACGGAUAAAAUCAUAUACAAGUAUGUCGUCGACGACAAAUGGGUAA